UGGUCAAUCAUGUGUGUUGUGCUUGGGGACGGGGGAGGGCAACAUCAGAGCUUUCCACAGUGCUGCCAUGGCUGAUUUGAUCCUCCCGCUGGACCCGUCACAGCGGCACUUUGGUGGAUAUGUUGAGGCCAUGGGGCGGCAGUACCGUGUGUCGAUGGCAUGUCCCCAGGGGCGGCGCGGCAUCGUAGACCUGGCUUCUUUCCGCUGCGACCCGGAACUGUCGGCGUUGUUGGAGGCCAGGGGGGUCUGGGACACCCUUCGCGCGCGGCUGGCGCAGACGGAGGACGUGGAAGGCUUCAUGGCGGAGCUUACGGACGUGCUAGAGAAGGUGCUGCGUUCGUGCCCGAAGCAGGACCCGCCCCCGGCGGAGUUCUACUCGAGGCUGGUUUCCGAGAUAGACGCCGUCGGUUGGUCGCACCUCGUGUCGAUGGACUCGUUGCUGACGUCCGUCCAGCUCAGGGAGAGAGACGCUGCAGGACGGGAGCACGUCUUCGCUAUUUCCCUCCCGAGCAACUACCCACACAGCCCGCCCAUCUGUUCGGUCGACCUCCCGACCCACCUCAAUCUCAGAUGGUCGCCCGGUCAGAGCUCUCUGGCGACGGUGCUGGAACAGUUCCGGGAGGCGCUGACACCCUUCCAUGAGCUGUGGAACGUCUUGGAUGACCUCGACAAGCACACGUGGGUGCUGGAGCCGGAAAAGCCUUCACGGUCCACCACCCACAGGAGAGUAGCCGUGGCGCGGCAUUGCUCCGUCAUGCUCAAGAUCGACCCGCGAGCCCCCGGAGAUGUUCCAGAGGUCCGGUUCUUGGGGUCCCAGGCCGUGAUUGGCCCGCUCAGGGAGGCUUACGAAAGAAAUCUCUUUCGAUGGAAUCACUCCCUGCUCGUUCGGGCCAACCUCGAGGCUGCGCUGGAGCUGAAGCUGCCUUCCCCGGCCACCACCGCCAAGGCGGACUACAGCGCGGACUGCGGCAUCUGCUACGCCUACCGCCUCCAGCGGGACGACGCGGCUGGCGAUGGGGGGGCUGCUGCUGCUGCUGCUGCUGCUGCUGCUGCUGCUGCGGUGGGGGCGGCAGGAGGAGGAGGCGGAGGAGGAGGCACAAGAGGGCGCGGUGGCGGCGACGAAAGCGGCGGGCGGGGGGCGGCCGCAGAAGAUGCCGGUGCCAUCCCGGACCGAGUGUGCGACAACGCCAAGUGUAGGCGGCCGUACCACCCUAAGUGCCUCUUCGUCUGGCUGCAGGGGCUGCCCACGAGCCGAGUGUCGUUCGACACCAUCUUCGGGCAGUGCCCUUACUGCUCCGACCCGAUCAGCGUAAAGUUCGCGCCCAACGGCCAGAAAGAAGGGCGCGAUGAGCUGGGCCUUGUGGACGGAAGACGACAGCACACACAUGGACGGAUGCGGACGGCGAGAAAGACGGCAUGAUGAUGAAGAUCCCGGGCGGUCUCAUUCAUUGCAUCCAAGUGUCUCUACACCCGGUGCUUUCGACUAUUCGUUACUGCAUCGUGGAGUAAAACGACACUCACCACUCGAUGGUUGGGCUGUACAUGGGUUGGGUUGGAGAUGGGUUUCUGAAUAUCGGCAGUCGGCAGCGUACCCGCCACCAAUACCUACCGUGUGCAUCUCGAGCGAGGUGACCAGAGAGCGCUCGCGCAGCAUAAAGCCGCCGUCGGUAACACGGAACGGCAGUGGAGACCCGGAUGCGGUGUUUUUAGGCUCGGAGCGGUAGCUACACGGUGACCUUGUGGGUCAAACGCUGAGUGCUCCGUGACUACUGUAGGACUAUUUU